GAAUAAUACAACCGGAUCGAAUCUCUCAGGUUUCUCUAGGAUUUGCUUGUUGUUUCCUUCUCAUGUAGAACUAAUUCUUCCUUUCCUUUGAAGAAUGUCGGUUCGUGAAAUACUGUUGACGGUAUUUGGUUUGCUUAUGAGUGAAAUCAUAAUCAAAUUGUUAGUGAGAUUGUACAAGGCAGCUAUUUACAGCAACAAUGUUUGGUUGUCGACUUCUGUGAGAAUAUUCGCUCUGGGUACUUUUAUCCUCUGUGUUAUCUGGCUGCGUCGACAUUUUGAUGUGGUGAUUUAAAUGUUUCCUCGCUGAACCGCACAGAUUCCCUUUUUAUGAUACCAGUCAUUACCUACAAAUUUUCCGGCUUUCUUCAUAGAGUCAUAGACAACACGACGCAAAAUCUAGCCAUCUUUUUGACGUAACAUUUGUCAGUCAAAUUCAGCGUCCAUGUUUGUCGUAACUCGUAAGCAGCAACCGCCCGGGCGGUAUGUUUCCUAUCCCUCCGCUGAUUUAGCAGUGUGAGCACUGAGCAGCGACGACUGACGAGCACUUGAGCAGUGUACUUUGUAAUAAUCAAAUAAUGAAUAAUCUGUUAUCUCUUUAGUCACUUUAGUGUUUCUAACUUUUUCUUGAAAGCCUGCAGUCUGCCUGCCAUUGAGAAAAAAAGAAAUCCCAACUGAGCUAGAAUGUUUGCACUUUCAUAAUUAUUCUUCGGGCUGAUUCAUUAAUAGUUUGGCAGUCUCGAUUAUUGGUUUGCUCAUUUUGGUUGAUCCAGUAUCCCACUGUUGCCUGGCCAUGGAUGCGCUGGAAUCCCUCUGGAAGCUCAUCACCAACCCCUCCCUUCCCGAAUCCCCCACCACUGUGGCCGAGGCCCUGGAGAAAUGUCACCCCCUCCUGUUUUCCAGUUUCUCCUCGCAGCCCUACCUGCCGAAACGCGAAGCGGUCGCCGUGACGGCCGACAGCGUCCAGAAAGCCGUCAAGACCCCCGCCGAGGUCCCCGCGGAUCUCCGCGACAAUUACGCCCGCCAGCUGGCCUCUGUCGCCCGCAUUCUGUACCGCACUCCUUCAUCUGUUGUCUCCCUAUUCGAUAAUUGCGCUGCGGAUGCCAAAGAGUCCGUGGUGACGUUGGCCGCGGAGCGGAGCGUGGCGAGGGUUCUUCGACAUUAUUUCCAGAAACGACGGCUGCUUCUGAAUAUUCAUCGGUAUAUUUACGAGUGCUAUGAAAAUUCCAAAAUCUCCAGCAGUCAUCCGUUGGCUAAUUUAUUCGAGAAGUUUGUGGAUGAUGUGAAGGAUGCCAGUGGAUUGAUCAAUGAUCUCAUCGAGCAGUGUGGACUGAUUUUGACGCGCUUGAAUGAUCACGCGGAGAAACCCGUGUUUGGACGUGAUGAGACGGAGUGGUUAACGCUACAACUGGGAGAAAUGAGAGAUUUAUCACUGUUGCUGUUUAAUCUGGCGCCAAUCCUCCCGAAAACCAUGGUCUCUCUGGAGAAACUAACCAAACCCCUCCAGCUGGCCGGAGCCGCGCUGCAGCGCUUCCCCGUCUCCCCCGACCGCAGAACCGGGCUCCUGCAGAUGGAACUGUCCCAGCAGGUGCUCCUCACCCUCACCGCCUUCACCCUGCACUACUUCAGCAUCGCCACCCCGCUCUUCCUCCUAGAUCCGCAGGCGCGCCACUACCUGGACCGCUUCUUCCCGCAGAACGCUCCCGUGUUCAUCCUGGGCCCGGCAGCGGUGCUGUACCUGACCACCCGCGUCCAGGACGAUCCCGCGCAGCAGGACGCCGUGGAGGGUCUGAGCAAGUUGUUCGCCGAGGCCAAACCGUUCGCCGCCCUGUGCUCCCUGAUGCGGGCGGAAGUGAUGCAGUUGGAGUUGAAGGAGCGCCUGGCGGGACUGGUGCACGAUGUGGGAGAGCAGUUUAUUCGCGUGUUCGGACUGAAGGGCAUUCAGCAGUUUGCCGGGGAUUUCGCCAGUCUGGCCGCGGGAAUCUUGCACCACCCGAAGGAGACGAACCGUUUCUGGCAGCGCUGGGUGGAGGGCAACGGCGCGGAUGUGCACUACGCUUGGGGCCUGCUGGUCUCCGACCUGCGCGACCGCCUGCCCGGCAGUCUGCUGGAAUUCAUCACGGUGAUGGGCAGCGUGUUCAAGGGCUUCAAAGAGAGCGGUGCGGAUGUCGCGGAACGCGCCGGGAAAUUGAACCACUUAUUAUGGAAUCUGGAUGGCUUUGUGGAGCAGCUGGGCGACCGCGAGGUGAAGGGGCUCACCCUCGUCAAAACGGAGGCGGAGGGCGUGGCGGUGGUGCGGUGUGAUACCGAUCGGUUCCCCCUUGGACCAGGCGUACUGGUGAUCCCCGCGAACAGCAUGGGCUGGAUGCUGACCACCGAUCACCUGGUUGAUCUGAAAUGGGUGCUGCACAACAAAGGGAAAUACAGUGUCUGGGCGCUCAUUGCCGGUCAUAUACUCCGCAUGUCCCAGUCCACAAAAAUUGCUGAAAAAUACGCUGAGAUGGUGGAUGACCUGGGGAAAAUCGUUAAAUUCUACGUGUCCAGCUUGAAAGCGGACGGGAAGACGCACGACGAUCUGGAGCAGGUGCUGGUGAUGAUGUGCCGCGUCAUUGGCCAGCUGAUGCUGGUCGGGGAGGAUGUGGCCGAUGAAAAGUCCAAGCACGCGCUGGUGAAGACUGCGUUUGAUCUCUGCGCCGUGGAAGCCAAGUUCCGUGAUUUGGUGUUUGUCAAUGAUUUGGACUUCAUCGCACGGAACCUCUUCCCGAAGGCGGUGCGGCAGGGCGCGUCCGAAGCUGACUGGAUUCGUAAUGGAAAUUUCACGUGGUUUUCCCCGUUCUGGCAGGAAUUAGCCAGGCAUUCCAGUUCCAAAGAUUUUAUGCGGACGUUGGGAAAAUUAGCAUCGGCCAUGGAAAGCAUUGUUCGGAACGUAAAUGGUGGCAGUAGCUCGAAUGCGACGACACAACAAGCCAACCUCUUCCUCUUGAACAUUGGAAUUCCGUUGGUGGUCCAGUUGGAGGAACUCUCCGAAGGCAUCCCCAUUCUGCAGUACGCACUGAGUAUCGUGGAAUCCCUGGGCGCUGUGGCGGAUACGGAGGCCACUAUCCGCAACGUGGCCGCGGAUUGUUUGUACGAAGGCCCGGCUGGCCAAGCGCUGGUGGAGCUGUUGAACCGCGGUGGCCGCCUGCUGAAUCUCUUCCUCCACAACGACGCUCCCUCGCGGGUGUUUCUGUCUGAACGUUCCGAUGAAGUCCACUUUGUCCAUCUGGUCCUCGGCAUCUUCCGACACCUUCUCCGGCGCCUCCCCGAACGCGUCGACACCCUGACCGCCCUGGAGCGGUCCCUGUGCAGCCUGGAGAAGCACAGGCAGGUCCUCAGCGUGGGCGUGCCCAACGCCUACGCCGAACUGUACCGCCACCCCAAACACGGCCUGCUGCAGCUGUGCCGCUACGUCUACAACGCCAGCGAUGCCGGGAUUGUCCAGUUGGCCGCGGCCGUCCUCACCCGGCUGCUGGUGCUGCAGCGGAUUUCCCUGGUGUCCGUCGUCAAGCAGGACGCCGAUGAUUUCGUCCAGGGCGUGUUCCGGCUGUUGCAGUGUCCGCGACCGGAAGUGGUGCGGCAGAUGUGGACGUUCGUGGCGGUGUGCGAGGCGCGGCAGCCGCGGAUGCUGGAUGUGUUGGUCAAUCUGCAGUAUGACGCCGGCAGCAAGAAGUAUGAAUUGGAUAUUCCGCAUUUGGGCAGUCUGCUGGACAUUGUCAUCAGCGUCCUGAAACACCCCGCCUGCGACGAAUCCCAGCAGGGCGCACUGGAUUUCUGUCUGCAGUUGUUCAGCUCGAAAACGGAUCUCGCGGAAUAUCUGUACAAAAAGAGAGAAUUUUGGGGAUUGGUGAUGGAUGUGCUGAUCAGCGCCAGUAGCCCAUCGUUGCCGUGGGAGAAGAAAUUAUGCUGCGUGUACGCCUGUGAUCUCGUUGCCGGUGAAUGUCUGCGCAGUCAGCUGAAUUCGCCGCUGUUUGACAAGCAGUUUAUAGAGGAAAAUUGGACGAGUUACAUCAACGACGAAAUACCAAAGAUUCUUUCGCAUUUAAACCGGGAUGUGGCGCAAGCCGCUGCCGCAUGGCCGUUUGACAGUAUUGCGAUGAAGAUCGUGGCGCGUUUCUUCGAGUCAUGGUGCGCCGUGAAUCUGCUGUGCUUAACUCAGGAGUCGUUGCGAGGCAUCGUCAGCGCCGACACCUUGCAGAACAUCAUCCGUCCGACGUUUAUUUUGUUAAACCGCAGUCUGGCCAGUCCCGCCGCCGGCCUCUUCAGCGCGGCCAUCGUGCGCGGUCUGCUGCGCAUGCUGACACAGUGGCGCCGCCACCUGACCACGGAUCUUUUUCUCUCGGUCUUGCACAUCGCCGACGACCUGACGCAGUUCAUCUGCUCGGCCGCCGACGGGGCGCAGUGGAGUCACGCGGCGCGCAGUAGUGUCCUGCAUCUGGACAGCGUCAUGCUGGGGAUCAUUGGCGGAUUGGAUGCGGAGGAGGAGCUGGACGUGGCGCUGAAGCGACCCCUGCGCGGGUUGUUCGAGACGGCGCUGGGCGUCGUCGGGCAUUGGACGCUGCGAUGGAGUGUGGAGAAGGACGAGGAGGAGGAGAUGGGCAACAUGCUGGGAAAUGCUGUGAAUUUGCUUGUUGCCGUCGUGAAGUUGGUGGGGAAUAACAGUCUGAACGGGUUGGACGAAGGGGUGCAGAUCUUCCAGUCGGAGUGUCUGUGCGAGAAGAUUCUGAUGAAAACCGUGGAAAUGCUCAAGUUGCUCAAGUAUCCGCUCAUCGCGCAAAAAUUCCUGGAUUUCUUUUUGCACUUGUCGCUGCACGACAGCGGGGCGGCGUUGCUGCGCGAUAUCGGUUAUUUAACCUGCAUUGCCGGACCGUUGUCCAGCGUGUUUGCGCCGGUGAGGGAGCUGUUCGUGGAGCGCAACACGGCGGAGAUGAACGUGGAGGACACGGUGCUGGUCAGGGAACAGCGACAGCGGCUGCCGGUGUGGCUGGACGUGUACCUCACCGGGUUGACUGUUAGCUACAAUGUCAUUCACAGCGGACGUCAGCGCCACACGCAGACCGAUGCGUUUAUCGUGCCGCAGCUGGGAUGUAUGCCCCAUGUGAUCAAUGUCUUUCGCGGUGAGCCGACGCUGGCUGCCUGGCGUUUCCUGGAAUUAUUCACCCGUCUGCUGGGCGCGGUGGUGGUCCCGGGGAAGAACAGCAGCGCCAAAGAUGUGUGUCAGACGCACAUUCCCAGUCUGUACCACCUCGUCUGCCAUCAGCUGAUGAAGUUCGCCGACGUGUUGACCGCCGAUGCGACGCUGCUCUCCGGCCGUCUGAUCCAGCUGAUGCUCAACUGUGGAUUGUCCUGUUUGAAGAUUAUGGGCGUGGAUCAGCCUGGACUGUAUGAAAUGCUCACUGAUCAGAAAUUCCUUCUGCCGUCCAGUUCGGUGCGCAGCAUCGUCGAUUACAGUUUCGGCAGUCCGAUCUCCUUGGAAUUGGCGCCGACAUUGUCUUUCGGCACGCUGGUCCAUAUCAUCCGCACGGGUGUGGAAAUCCUCCAAAAGGUCGAUCCGGCUCCGCUGGCCAGCGUGGUGUUCGCCCGGGAAUCCGCGUCCACCAGCGCCGAUUUUCUGCCGUUGCUGCAUUUCGUGCAGCGCACCGCAGUGUUGUUGCUGCAACAGGCCAGUGUCUUUGUCGUGGGAUUCGGCCAGCUGUCCGACGAGUCCUGGCAGGAAACGCUGCGGGAACUCAACAACGAAAUCAUGGAUCUGCAGCAGUCGCUGCACGCUUUCCUGAACAAACUGGAAGACAAUUUAGAGACGUCGUCGCUGCGUGAACCGAGCGGACCGACGACGCUGCUGCCGCUGAUCAGCCAGCUGUUUCUCAAUUUCCGUUUAUAUUACGAUGAGACGCGCGACAGCUACGGCGAGCCAUCCUCCCUCGCAUCUCUGCCCCGGGGCGGCGACCGCAAAAAGUCACCUUUCACUUGGCGUAAAUGUUUUUUAAUUGGCUGCGAUUGUGUUUUCUGUUUUGGGACGUUUUUUUAAUGUUUCGGAGUUUUACUUGUCAGUUGUGUUAAGUUAACCAGUUUUGUAUGUAGAUGAGAGCUAAUAUUAAAGUG